AUGGAAGUUGCAGUUGAGCAAGCUGCUCAAUCACGUUCAAGAAGAAGCAAGUGGCCGUUUAUGGGGACAAGUGAUGCUGGUGCUAAAGAAGAGCUUCACCGGGUGUAUUGUGCUAAAGAAGACCUUCUGCCCAUUCCAUGUUUCUCUCAACUGUUGAGUUAUGAUUCAAAUUCAGAAUUACCACCUGCAGUCAGCUAUUUUGGAGAUGAGUAUACAUUCAAUCUAGAGACACAAGAAACGCUAGUUCAUUCCAAAAGUCACUUGUUUUAUGCAGUAGUUUAUCUUCCUCAAAAGGUUUCUGAUUCUAUGUUAGUUUCUAGAACAACAUGGGAAGGUGGUCAAUACAAUAGGGAUGAAAAGAGUCGAUUGGAUGCUCUGUGUUUAGCAAUGGAGCUAGGAGCUGAUCACAUCGAUGUUGAGCUUCAGGUUCCUUUCUUCUCUGUAGGUGCAAAUGGUGCAGCUGUAAUGCUUCCCCAAUUAAGACGUGUUACAUCUAUGGAGCUUGGUUGUGAUCCAAAAGGCUAUUCACAUGCUGGAAAUAACACCACAGUUUGGUAUUUUGCUGUUCUUAUUGGAAGACAAACCACAGACUCCCUAAAAUGCGUUAAGGUCCAAGAGAUACUAUCAGCUGGUGAAAAUGUAAAUCAAAUUGACCAACACCAAGCUGCCAUGUCAGCAUUGAAGGAAAAAAGACUCACAUUUGCCUGGGUGGAUAGUGAAGCACAAAAGGAGAAAACGCAGAUGACAUCUGUGGACCGAAUGGCAGGUGCAAACAUUCCAUCUUUGGCUGCUAUGGAGCAGACUCGAAUGCUAGCACACAUUUAG